ACAGAAAACAGAGGAACGCCUGGCGCCGGUGUCGUGUUUUAGCCGGAUGACAUUUGUGCCUGUACCAAAACCGGAAGCGCGUUCAGCUAGUAUCUACUGCACAAUGCUAGGAGUGAGUACCUGUUAUGUAAACUGUUAAACCUGUGGUCAGUGUGAUGCAUAGAAACGCGUCGGACGCCGUCGACAGUUGGAGUAAAAUGUCUAAAGCUGAGGUUCUCAGAGGGUUUGUGACCGAGAGACUCGCCGCCGUCUCCCAGGAGAUCUUCGUGGCUGUGGACAGGAUCGUAGCCGGUUACGAGGAGGAGGCUUCGGGCUUCCGACAGGAGAUCGACCGGCAGAGGAGACAGCUGGAGGCUCUCCUGCAGUCUCAGGUCACACUCGGCAAAGCUGGUGGGAAGCGCCGCAGGAGUCUCCACCAUGUUGAGGAAGAUGAGGGUGAAGAUGAGGAGGACGAGUACCCUGACCACCUGAAGAACCCGCAAGACUUGUAUGUUCGAAGGCCAUCAAGAGGUCAGUUUGAGAAGAGGAAGUCCAUCAAAGCACAGAACCACGUGGUCCUGAGGAUCCGCAUCCUGAAGGGCUCACAGACCAAAGUGCUGUCAAAAAAUGUUCUUAGGACAUGUCCGGUGGUGAAGCUGAAGUGUCCUCGUGGUCUACAGGAGUCUGACUUCCUGGACCUGCUGAGGGCCACCUGCCCCCAGCUGGCUGGAGACGACAAACCUUUUGACGUCUUAACAUCCAACAAGCGACGGAGACUCCAGCACCUGAAACUGAAGACUGUGACACCAGAGGAGAUCCACAGAAACGUCGGCCUGACAGGAUCAGGGGCGUUGACUCUGUUCAUCAGACUGAAGGCACAAAAAGAACCUCAGGUCAGCGAGAAAGAUUCUCAUCCUCUCCAGAAAGAAGACAUCGGUGCUGAAGGCUCCCAGUCCACAUCUGCCACGUUGGCGUGUGAUGAAACCAUGACACAAACCAGAACCCCUGUUCAGGAGGUCCAAGGUAGCAGAGUGGAGGUUCCAUCCAGCAGCUCAACAUCACCAGAAAUGGAAACAGCAGAGGCUGGUGAGGAAGAUCAUGGAAUAUCAGGACCAGCAGAGGGCACUGUGGCCCACUCUGCUGCUGGGAGUAAUAAGGACGGUAGUAUUGAUGAUGAAAAGGAGGAAGAAAAAGAGGAGGCGAAUGACAGUGACGAUGACUGGAAACCAGAUCGUGAUGAGAAGACGAGGGAAAGCAACUCUGAACUGCAGUCAAAGAAACAAAAAACCACUGAGGCAAAGGCCAAGAACAGUGAUGCUGUUCUCUCCUGCAAAGUCUGCGGAGUUCUGCACAAAUUAGAAGUCACGCUUGCCCAGCACGCCUGGAGUCAUGUGGACAAUCCAGGAAGUCUCUGUGGAGUUUGUGGAGAGCUGCCAGAAUCCAUGGAGGCAUUAAAGGAUCAUCUUCAGAGUCACCACAAAACCAAUGACUGUCACAUUUGUGGGGAGACUUUCCUCAGUGCUCUCGGUCUCAGGGAGCACGUGGCUGCCCACUCAGGGGAGAAACCGUUCGAAUGCGACGUUUGCCAUGAUGCAUUUGCUUUGAAGGUGUCUUUGAAUGAUCACAUGAAACUUCAUGAGGCGAGCAAACCCCAAAAAUGUUACACUUGCCACAAAGUGUUUGAGCUGAAAGAAGAGUUACAAGCUCACCACGUGACUCACACCAACAAGAAGAUGCACCUCUGUGGCGUGUGCGGUAAAUCCCUCAGUGACUUCAGAUCGUUAUCCCGCCACAAGAUGACCCACACCGGGGAGAGACCCCAUGCCUGUCAGAUUUGUGGGCAGCGUUUUAAACUUAUCGGGACUCUGCGACAGCAUGAGAAGAUUCACACGGACAGAGAGAGGUCAUACCUCUGCGACGUUUGCUGCAAAAUGUUCUUGACCAGCCACCAGCUGCAGAUUCACAUGAGAACUCACACCAAAGAGAAGCCGUACCACUGUGGCGAAUGUGGCAAGGGAUUUUCCACCAAGGGACCCUUGACAAUUCACAUGCGUGUCCACACUGGGGAGACACCGUACCGCUGUCCAGACUGUGGCUGGUCCUUCAAGCGAAAGAUUCAUCUGGACAACCACAUCACGAUCCAUUCGGGUGUUAAGCCAUUUGUGUGCGGGGUUUGUGGGAAAGCUUGUGCUCGUAAAGCCUACUUGAUUGUCCACAUGAGGACCCACAGUGGGGAGAGACCGUACAAGUGUAGUGUCUGUGACAAAGGCUUUACUCAGAGUCACUGUCUGAAAACACACAUGAAGAGCCCCCUGGCGGGAGAAACCACAACAUAGCGCAGACACAUUAGUAUCAACGCUUCCUGUUUACUCAGAACUGUGAGAGUUUGAGUGAUCAGGUUCCCUUUUAUUUCUGUAAAGGUGUUUGAGUAAAUAAAAGCUUGGGUGCAACCUGU